UCCUCGGGGCUCGUUAAAAAGCGCCAGUCCUGGACCUGGAGGUUAGAUAAAGACCUGAAGCACCCUACGACGAAGUGGGACUUUACGCUGAGGGCCACAUUUAUUUAUUUAGAAGUUUUCACGACGUUUCUGGAUCAUUUCUAAGCGAACUAGUGGAAUCAUGAAGUCCCCAAAGCUGAAGCCUCAAGCCAAGUUCGUCAAUGAGGAGGAUCUGAACGAUGUGCUGUGCGAGUUCGACGCGGUGAUCGAAGACUUCACAUCGCCGGUGGAGAAGCGACACUUCAGGUACGACGAACACCUGAAGACCAUGAAGAGGAGGAGCAGCGCCAGCGUCAGCGACAGCGGCAUCAGCGACACAGAAAGUGCCGAGUCUCUCAACAGAAACAGCUUCAGCUUCAGCGACGAGAGACUGAACUCGCCCACCAUGCUCUCCCCCAUCACCACCACCUCACCUCCCCUAAUGUCACCAAAACCCAAACUGGGCGACACUAAAGAGCUGGAGGACUUCAUCGCUGACCUGGACAAGACACUAGAGAGCAUGUGACACAGAGGCCCACAGUCAGCUUGGAGCCUGGCCAUGAGGGAAGGAGGGAGUGUAAGUCUGGAGGACCCCCCUUGAACAGUUAACAUGCACCUGCCCACCCCUCACAGAAAACCACCCAACAGGAUGCAGCUGGAUGGCGGAGCAGCUGCCAAGUAGCUCGACCACAGCAUCAGUUCCAGCCGCUCAGCGCUCCCAAAGUUAACCCAGCACUAACUUCAGACCACAUGGCUGUAAAGACUGCAGUCAGGGUUAAGAUUAGCUUUGUAGGACAAGAAUACUGCGCAGCCAUGAAGUAAUGCACUCCCAUUAAAGGUGCAUUCGUUGUUUGAAUUACAAUUCAUCCUGCCACAGACCAGAUUACACUCCCUCGUGCAAAACUUGAGCUGGAAGAGUUAUUUUAAAAAUGGCUUUUUAUAACAGAAAGAUAUUUGUAUUUUAUAGAGCUUCUUAUUGUAAAUAUAUCUCUCUUUUAUUGUGAAAUCUAUUUUUGUAUCAUAUGUAAAUAAUAACUGCUUCAAAUUCUAUUUACCUUGGUUUUGACAGGACAGUCAGAUUAAGAUUUGACAAGUUGACUGGAAUAAAGUUGAUCAAAUGUGAACUAAAGCCGUAACCCACUCUGAAAAAAACUGGAAAAUAAUGUGUGUAUUUAUACAGCUACUACCUGCCUGCGAUAACAUAAAACGAUUAAAAAUUGUUCUUUUAUUA